AUGAACCUCAAGGCACACAUUUUCAGGCGUCCCGUCAUUGCAGUUGCAGGAUUGGCCUGCGAAACGUCUACAUUCACUCCCUCACGCACCCUCGCGCCUGCAUUCCAUCCCCGCAGGGGAAACGAGGUGAUCGAUGAAUACAAAUUCUUACAAACAGGCACACCUCUAGGCGACGCAGCAGAAUGGCACGGUGCUUUAAUUGGCCAUGCAUUACCGGGUGGCAUGGUGACACGCGACGCCUUCGAAGAGCUAGCAGGGGAGAUUGUUAGCCGUUUGGGCGACAUUGUUGCGACUACGGUCGUGCAUGGCCUCUGGUUUGACAUUCACGGCGCUAUGUGCGUAGAGGGAAUUGAUGAUGCUGAGGUUGAACUUCUGCGACGGAUCAGGGGGGUUAUUGGUCCUGAUGUUAUUGUUUCGGCGUCGAUGGAUUUACAUGGAAAUGUUUCUAGAGAACUAGCUCACGAGUUGGACCUUUUGACAUGUUUUCGGACAGCUCCGCAUGAAGAUGAAUCGGAGACUAAAUCACGAGCGUGUCGCAAUCUUCUUGACCUUCUUACGCGGUCUUCUGAUAUAACUGGAGGUCUGGUACGACCAUUCAAAGCGUGGAUUCCUGUGCCCAUCUUGCUGCCCGGAGAGCAAACGUCUACGCGUAUUGAGCCGGCGAAGAGUCUUUAUGAGGUUGUACCUGAAGUCGAGAAAGAGCCCGGGGUAAUCGAUGCCGCGAUAUGGGUCGGAUAUCCCUGGGCCGACGAGCCACGAAAUCGCGGCGCUAUUGUUGUCACAGGAUGGGACGAAGCGGCUAUUGCUGCUGGAGCGGAGUGCUUGGCAACGAAGUUUUGGAACUCGCGCAAGGAUUUUAAGUUUGUCGCGCCAACAGGGUCUUUCGAAGAAUGUAUCCAUACUGCGUUGGCCUCGCCUGUCCACCCUUUCUUCAUCUCCGACUCCGGGGAUAACCCGACUGCGGGCGGUUCAGGCGAUGUGACUUGGGGGCUGACGCAGCUACUCGCUCGAUCUGAGUUCAAGGAUCCUACUGGACCGAAGGUUAUAUAUGCCAGUGUCCCAGGGCCGCAAGCUGUGCAGACGAUGGUGAACGCAGGCGUCGGUGCUAACGUUACUGUUACUGCCGGGGCGGAAGUGGAUCAUAUUCAUGCUGGCCCUAUCACCAUGACAGGACGCGUCCAUUCGAUCAAGCAUGGCGAUAAGGACGCUGUCAUCGAGGCAGUCUUGCAGGUUGGCAGUGUGUUUGCGAUCCUUACUCAGCUUCGCAAACCUUACCAUCACGAACGCGACUUUACUGAUCUCAAUUUGAACCCUCGUGCUACGGACAUAGUGAUCGUUAAGAUUGGAUACCUAGAGCCGGAACUGUUUGAUAUGGCUGCAGACUGGAUGCUCGGGCUCACUCCAGGUGGCGUGGACCAAGACAUCAAGCGACUAGGGCAUAAACGCAUUCGUCGACCGAUGUGGCCUUUUGAUACUACCUUUCAGGAGCCUCCAGAUUUAACGGCGCGGAUAAUUGCAAAGUCCAAUGAGCCGAGAAAUGGACCUGAUGAGUAA